UGUAUCGGAAGCCGGAAGUCGUCAUCCAGAAGCUAGCUACAGCAGCAGCGGCUUUAAAGUAUCCAAGAAGCUAAAAGCCAACAGUUUAAGGGAGCAACAAUUUUCCUUUCCGCGCUUAACUUGACACGUUAUUCAUCUGUGUUCUUGAAUAUUGUGCUACACACCAAUUCCGUAAAGCACUCAUGGCUGCUGAUUGGUUGGGCAGUUUAGUGUCAAUUAACUGUGGGCCAACACUGGGAGUCUAUCAAGGAGAAGUGGCAUCAGUAGACCAGUCCAGCCAAACCAUCUCCUUAAGACAGCCUUUCCAUAAUGGAGUCAAGUGCCCUGUACCUGAGGUCACAUUCAGUGCCAUCGACAUAAAGGAACUAAAGAUUUUAGAUUUCAGAAAUGGAAAUGCUAGGAACAGCUCCUUUGCAUCUACAAAGGUAAGCAGCGCUCCAGUUGCAGUCCCAAAGCGUGACCCCAGGUCUGUGGAGAAACUAAACUCUCCUCAGCACUGCUCUAAAAGCUAUGGAGACCGUCAUCUGGAUGUACCAGGCCAGCCAAAAGGAUUCCGUCGAAGACACAAUUCCUGGUCGUCCAGUAGUCGAGGGGCAAACCAAGUGACGCCGAAAAAGAACGGGGUGAAGAAUGGUCAGAUGAAGCACAGAGAUGAUGAGUGUUUUGGAGAUGGCAUGGAUGACGGGCUGGAUACAGACUUUGAUUUUGAGGGAAACCUGGCUCUGUUUGACAAAGCAGCAGUUUUCUCAGAAAUCGACAUAUCCGAGCGUCGUAAUGGUGCAAGGUCACGUGGGACGCCUCAAGAGCAGACGCCUUCACGCUACCGUCAUGAUGAAAACAUCCUGGAGGCCAAACCUAUUGUGUACAGACAGAUUACAGUUCCACAGCCAGGGGCCAAAGAGUACUGCACUGACUCAGGGCUUGUUGUCCCCAGUAUAUCCUAUGAACUACACAAGCGUCUGUUGUCAGUUGCUGAGCGUCAUGGGCUGUCACUGGAGCGAAGACUUGAGAUGACUGGAGUCUGUGCCAGUCAGAUGGCACUUACAUUGCUGGGGGGACCCAACAGAUUCACUCCAAAAAAUUUACACCAGCGUCCCACAGUGGCUCUGCUGUGUGGCCCCCAUGUUCAGGGAGCUCAGGGAAUCAGCUGUGGUCGUCACCUGGCCAAUCAUGAAGUUGAGGUCAUCCUGUUUUUACCCAAUUUUGUCAAGAUGCUCGACUCAGUCACCAGUGAGCUCACACUCUUCAACAAGACAUGUGGCAAACAGGUGUCAAGUAUCAAAGAUCUUCCAGACACCCCAGUGGACCUAAUCAUUAACUGCCUGGACUGCCACGAGAACACAUUCCUGAUGGACCAGCCUUGGUACCGAGCAGCCGCAGACUGGGCCAACCAGAACCGUGCUCCAGUGCUCAGCUUAGACCCUCCUGGUUGUGGACAGGGCCAGGCAGUCGAGGCCAAGUGGUCCCUCUCUCUUUGCCUCCCCCUUCCUCUGGCUGAGGGGGCUGGCAGGGUUUACCUGUGUGACAUAGGUAUUCCUCGCCAGGUGUUCCAUGAAGUGGGAAUCAAGUAUCAUUCUCCUUUUGGGUGCAAAUUUGUCAUCCCCUUGCAUUCUGCGUAAUGGGACCAAUUGUCAACAUGACAGAUUGAAUCUUUCAUCCUCCAUGACCAUUUGGGUUUUGGCGCCUUACUGUAUGUUCCAGAACUUCAGCUGUUUUUCAGUUCAGUUCUAACCCAUCAACAUAUGAACAGAACUUUUCCCCUCAUACUCAAGGACCACUGUUUGGUACAUUAGUUCUUCAACGAACUAAGUGCAUAUUGGUAGGAUAGUAAAGAGCUUUAUUGAAAAAGAAAACAUGUCGACCGUAAGAAGCCUCAGCAGUUAUGUCGACACCGUUGUAUUUACGUGGUAUUUCAAGGUAUUAGGAAGAUAGGCUUUUCAAAAGUACAGCUGAAGUGUCAAAAGUAAAACCAUAUAGUGUCAAGUUUUAAACUGAACAGGACAAUCUUUGACUUAAAAUGGAAACUUUCUCAGUGCUGGUGAAUAAACACCCUCACUAUAUAAUACAUGCAAGUACAAUGUUAUUUUAUUAAUGUGAAUGAGACAACAGAAAUCCAACUUAAUGUGUAUUGGUGUUACGCAUUCUCUGCAGCACUUGAUUACUGUUGUCUGAUGUUUUAAUAGGAUAAAAACUGCAUGUGAGCAAAUAUGGAAUAUUUGCCAUCUAUCUGCGUAAUGCGUUGUUUUCGAACUAUUUUGAACAGGGCAGCUACUGGAGAGAAUCCAGAUAUCAGCAGUUUUGUUUGUCAGUGGUAAAUUAAACUGUGAUGAUAAGGGCUUUGAUAAGAUGACAGCAUGUAAGCGCUAGCAAUUUCUUCCUUUUAGAGGAGAAGGUUUGCUUACAAAAUAUUGGUAUAAUAGAGAGCCUAAGUCAUGACUUCACUUGUCACUAGAAGAGUAUGUGCAGUUUCUCAGUGAAACAUGUAGCUGGGUUUUCUGUUCAUAUUCUAAAGCAAUUUGGCAUCCUCUUCAGCAGAUGCUUUAAAGUUAUACAGUGAUUACAAAAAAAAAUUUACAGGUAGGCAGCUCAAUAUCUGCAUCAGUGUAAUUAUCCGCAAACCCUAUUGAGCUUAUGGGAAAUCAUUUUCUUUAAAGGUUGAAUGAAUAAUAAUGUUGUUUUGUUUGUUUUUCUUGUCUAAAUCCAUGAUGUGAGCAACACGACACACUGUUGAGGCAGACUCGGUUCCAGGCUGGGAUUUUUUUUGUUAUUAGUAAUGCUAGAAAUGUCAUUGAAAUUUUGAAAAUUUUGAAUGAGUUAUUCUUACUUUUAGAAUAAAAUCUGGAAGUUCUAGUUUCACUUUGGCUCUCUAUUUUAUCAGUUAAAGGACCAUACCAGAGUGUGUGAAAGGUUUAGCUCCUCAGCUACAAAUCCUGUAUGUUUAACAUUAGUUCUGGUUUGUUUCAAAUGCAGGCUACAGUUUACAGUACAUUUUUUAAUAUAUGUUUAUCUGUUGGUUUCACAUCAUUUCUGUGCAGUGUAAAAAUCAGUUAGCUGAACUCUGUUAUGUUGCCUAAUCCAUCACAGCGAGCUUCAUUUCUGCUGUUAGUCACGGUAAUGUUGUGUGGCAAUGUCGUUCAGUCACAGAUUUCAAAAGUUUGUACAACUUUACAUCAGCAAAACAUGAAGGCAUACUUGACAUCGUCUGUGAUGGACUUAAGUUAGUUAGUUCCUGGUUGAUUUUUAUGUUGCAUGGAAGUUUAUUGAAUUCAAUGGAUGCCUGAAAGACUUGUUGGUGGUUAAUGGUGAUGUAAAAUCUAAGUAAUUUGUAAUGAAUGCGUUUAUUUUUAAAAAAAACCACUGGUGUGGUCCUUUUAAGUUUCAAACAACAUGAUUGAACUGCGUUUAUGUGGGACUCAAGUAUGUUUUUUUGAUGAAUUGUCUCGACCUAAAGUCACAGUGAUCAAGAUGCAGUAUCUCGCUCCGGUACGCGGUACUCGCUUUGAGCCUAAUCCAUUGGGUUUUCGUAUUGAGUAUCUGUUGGCCUGUUACCGCGUUACUAAACUAUAGACUGUGAAUUGUGAGGACGAGCUGUUUUUUUGUUUUGUGCAUCUUGAGGCCUUGACACAAAGGUUAUUUUACGCAUUUGCCAGAACUGUUUGACAAUGAAACCACUUGCUUGUUCUUUAACAGGAGCGUAGUAGUCUGUCAGUCUUUACCAGGAUAUUCUGCACAUCAGCAUGUCCUUAACUCUUGUAAUUUGAGGUCUGUGUAAUCUAGAAAAGGCCGCACUGAUGCAGUUCACAGCUACGGAAGUUAUAAAUCGUCCUUUGGGAUACUGCUUAUGGUGUGUGGUGUUGUCUCAGCAGGGUUCAAGAUGCUUGUAUUUUAUUUGUUAUGUUUCCUCUGUUGCGCAUUAAUCUGCACAGAGUUCGGUUGCAGAUUCGGUUAAAAUUACUACGCAAAAAGGAUUUCUCCUUUCUCCAGCAUUCCUCCGACAUGAUGUGUUGUCUCAUCUGUUGAGGCAAGUCUGGCUCCUCAACACCAGCCGGGGUUACUGAAUGUGAACGUAACAUGGGUUUUGUCUCUCUGUGGCCGCCAGGGGGAGCCAUGAGCCCACACUUAUGGUGGCUCUUCCUUAUUCUACUGUAACGGCAUCGUUUUCUUCCGAAUGUUAUUUUCUCUCACAGUGGUGUUAAUUCUUUAUAAAAUGUGAACAGUCAUCUAACACGAGGUGAUCUGGCGUUUGAUGGGAGGGUUUGAAAGUAAGGUGUGUUUAAAUGCAGGUUAUACUUUUUCAGAAUUGGUUUACACCUUUUCAGAUCUGCACUGGAUGUUCAUAGUCCAUGCGAGAUCGGAUUGCAGUUCAGAAAAAUCGCAUUAAAAAGCCACUGGGAGGUUUUGACUACACAGCAACUGUUUCCGCUUGGGAGCGAAGUUCACUGUCAAGGCUCCUGUGCAAAAACAGCGUGCAGUCGUCUUGUAUCAUGUCUGCAGGUUGAAAUUAUAAUAAAAACUUGUGUUAUUGCCUUCUC